AUGGCCGCACGCCAGCAUGGGCAUACGCCCGUGUGCCUGCCCAAGCAGGUUUGCAUGAGAGUUGGCUACCGCCACAUCGAUGCAGCAUCCAUCUACAAGAACCAGGACCUGGUGGGCCGUGGGCUGGCAGCAUUCAUCAGCAAGGGGCGUCGCGCCGAGCUCUUCAUCACCACCAAGAUAUGGAAUGAUGAGCAUUCACCUGCAGAAGCAAGGGGUGCGCUGGAACGGCUGGUGGAUGAAGGCCUGGUCAAGAGCCUGGGGGUGUCCAACUUCAGCCUGGGCCAGAUCGCGGACCUGCUGAGCUGGGCUCGCAUCAAGCCCGUAGUUAACCAGGUGGAGCUCCACCCCUUCCUGCCGCAGCGUAAACUCGUGGAAGGCAGCCUGGCCAAGGGAGUGCACACGGUUGCCUACUCCCCACUUGGGCACAGCAAAACGGACCUCCUGGCCAACCCUGUGGUGAUCGAGGUGGCAAAGGAUGUUGGAGUCCUACUGCGCUGGAAUGUGGAUCGUGGCGUGGCCGUGAUCCCCAAGGCCGGCAGCCUCAAUCAUGUCAAGGAGAACCUGGACCUCUUCUCCUUCUCUCUUUCUCCAGCCCAGCAGGAGAAGCUGGACGCCCUGGAGAAUGGCAAACGCUUCGUCAGCACUUCCUGGCACUCAUUUGAUGACCGACCGGUGGAGUGGGCGGGGCAGGCCUUCUCGUACCUGCUGCACCACCCAAAGAACCUGGAGUCGCAGAGCUAUGCCCAGGCUGCUCACAGAUCAGUGCAGGCCUCGGCUGCGCCCGGGGGCAGGAGCACUGUGACGCUUCCCGGAGGCUCCGUCAUGCCCCUGCUCGGCAUCGGGACAUACAAGCUGGACAGUGUGGAGGCGCUGCACACCGCGCUUGAUGCUGGCUAUCGCCACGUCGACUGCGCAUCUGUGUAUAAGAACCAGGAGCUGGUGGGGAAGGGCCUCGCAGAUUUCAUCAACGAGGGACGCCGCGCCGAGCUGUUCAUCACCACCAAGAUCUGGAACGACGAGCAUGCCCCAGAGGAUGCGAGGAGGUCUGUGCUGCAGUCGAUCGCCGAGCUGGGGUGCCAGUAUGCGGACCUGGUCCUGAUACACUGGCCGCAUGCCUGGAAAGCAGGAACAGAGGAGGAGGAUCCGUCCGUGACCCUGCAGGACACCUGGGGUGCGCUGGAGCGGUUGGUAGAUGAGGGCCACGUCAGGAACCUGGGGGUGUCCAACUUCAGCCUGGGUCAGAUUGAGGACCUGCUGAGCUGGGCUUGCAUCAAGCCCGUGGUCAACCAGGUGGAGCUGCACCCCUUCCUGCCGCAGCGCAAGCUCGUUGGCGGGAUGCUUCGCAAGGGCUUGCGGGCCAUUGCCUACUCCCCGCUGGGCCACAGCAAGACCGACCUGCUGGGUCACCCCGUGGUGGAGGAGCUGGCCAAGGAGCUGGACGUCGUGCCCGCCCAGGUGCUGCUGCGCUGGAAUGUGCAGCGUGGUGUGGGCGUCAUCCCCAAGGCCGGCAGCGCCGGGCACGUGCGUGAGAACGCCGACAUCUUCUCCUUCUCGCUCACCUACGCCCAGAAGGCCAAGCUCGACGCGCUGGAGAACGGCAAGCGCUUUGUCAACAGCAGCUGGCACACCUGGGAGGAUUAG